AUGUCCCAGCUGGUGGAAUGUGUUCCCAACUUCUCCGAGGGGAACAAGCAGGAGGUGAUUGACGCCAUCUCCCGAGCCGUGGCGCAGACCCCGGGCUGUGUGCUGCUAGAUGUGGACGCGGGCCCCUCCACCAACCGCACCGUCUACACCUUUGUAGGGCAACCCAAGGACGUGGUGGAGGGGGCCCUCAAUGCUGCGCGGGCUGCCUUCCGGCUCAUCGACAUGAGCCAGCACAAAGGGGAGCACCCUCGGAUGGGAGCCCUGGACGUGUGCCCCUUCAUCCCGGUGAGGGGCGUCACCAUGGAUGAGUGUGUGCUCUGUGCCCAGGCCUUUGGCCAGCGACUGGCGGAGGAACUGGGUGUGCCGGUGUACCUCUAUGGGGAGGCGGCGCAGACAGCGGGUCGUCGGACCCUGCCAGCCAUCCGGGCCGGGGAGUAUGAGGCCCUCCCUGAGAAGCUCAAGCAGGCCGAGUGGGUGCCUGACUUCGGUCCCAGCUCCUUCGUCCCCAGCUGGGGAGCCACUGUCACAGGGGCACGGAAGUUCCUCAUUGCGUUCAACAUCAACCUGCUCAGCACCAAGGAGCAGGCCCACCGCAUCGCCCUCAACCUCCGGGAGCAAGGGCGCGGGAAGGACAAGCCAGGACGCCUGAAAAAGGUUCAGGGCAUUGGCUGGUACUUGGAUGAGAAGAACCUGGCCCAAGUAUCCACAAACCUCCUGGACUUUGAGGUCACAGCACUGCAUACAGUCUAUGAGGAGACCUGCAGAGAGGCCCAGGAGCUGAGCCUUCCGGUGGUGGGCUCACAGCUGGUGGGCUUGGUGCCUCUGAAGGCCCUUCUGGAUGCCGCUGCCUUCUACUGCAAGAAGGAGAAUCUCUUCAUCCUGGAGGAGGAGCACCGCAUCAGGCUGGUGGUGAACCGGCUGGGCCUGGACUCUCUAUCCCCUUUCAACCCCAAGGAGAGGAUCAUCGAGUACCUGGUCCCCAACAGUGGGCCUGAGCAGAGCCUGGUGAGCAAGUCUCUGUGUGCCUUCGUCCGUGAGGUGGGCGCCCGCUCGGCGGCCCCGGGGGGUGGCUCGGUGGCAGCGGCCAGUGCAGCCAUGGGUGCCGCGCUGGCCUCCAUGGCCGGCCUGAUGACCUAUGGGCGGCGCCAGUUUGAACACCUGGAUGCCACCAUGCGGCGCCUGAUCCCGCCCUUCCACGCGGCCUCUGCUGAGCUGACCGCGCUGGUGGACGCGGACGCCCGGGCCUUCCAGGCCUACCUGGAGGCAACGAAGCUGCCCAAGGACACACCUGAGGACAGGGACAGGCGUGCGGCUGCCCUGCAGGAGGGGCUGAGGCAGGCGGUGGCCGUGCCCCUGGUGCUAGCAGAGAAGGUGGCCUCGCUGUGGCCCGCGCUGCAGGAGCUGGCACAGUGUGGAAACCUGGCCUGCCGGUCCGACCUGCAGGUGGCGGCCAAAGCCCUGGAGACAGGCGUGUUUGGGGCAUAUUUCAACGUGCUCAUCAACCUGAAGGAUGUCACCGACAGCGCGUUUAAGGAGCAGACCCGCCAGCACAUCUCCAGCCUCCUGCAGGAAGCCAAGACGCAGGCAGCGCUGGUGCUGGACCGCUUGGAGGCCCGGCAGGAGUGA